AGCGUCCAUCUCUUUGCUCGAAAGCAGGAAGGAGCAAACCCUAAUCUCGCUUCUGAAGCAGCAGCCGAAGCAGCAGGCGCCAUGGUGAAGUACUCGAGGGAGCCCGAUAAUCCCACCAAAUCCUGCAAAGCUAGGGGCUCAGAUCUCAGAGUUCAUUUCAAGAACACUAGGGAAACAGCACAUGCUAUCAGGAAGCUUCCUUUGGUAAAGGCUAAAAGGUAUCUAGAAGAUGUUUUGGCCCACAAGCAGGCCAUUCCCUUUACCCGCUUCUGCCGUGGUGUUGGAAGGACUGCUCAGGCUAAGAACAGGCAUCCCAAUGGACAGGGAAGGUGGCCCGUGAAAUCUGCCAAGUUCAUUCUCGAUUUGCUCAAGAAUGCUGAAAGCAAUGCUGAGGUGAAAGGGCUCGAUGUGGAUACACUUUACAUCUCCCACGUCCAGGUUAACCAAGCCCAGAAGCAGAGGCGGCGCACAUACCGUGCUCACGGAAGAAUUAACCCUUACAUGUCUUCCCCUUGCCACAUUGAGUUAAUCCUUUCUGAGAAGGAAGAACCUGUCAAGAAGGAGCCUGAGUCACAAAUAGCAACCACCAAAUCCAGGAAGGCUUAGGCUUUCUUUUCCAUAUUUGUUGUUCCUGAGCCUUGAUAGAGCUGUGUUUCUUACAUAUCCCCUACUUUAUGUUGAGAAUUGUAUUGGUAGUGGAUUGUCACUAUUCAAAUUUUCUGAAGAGAUUAUGGAGUUAAUUUUGUAUGUUAAGGUUAAAAAUGAUAUACUGUUUUACAUUAUUGAUGAGCUUCAUCUGUUUUGAUU